AUGUCUCCGGACCUUGUGCAAGCAUACUCGAGAUAUCUCCAAGGGGCUUCCGAAGUCACGGUCUGGUCGGAAGCUGUCGUCAUUGACCUGUUGCGAGCCACUGGAGCGCACAUUGAGCAAUUGGAAGGCAAAAUCAAGGAGUUUGAGCAACUCCCUCCUGCGAAUACCCUCACCCCAUCAAAACCAGCUACCCCAAUGAUAGACACUGCUGGUUCCACCUCGACACAAUCUAUCCCGGCAACAUCAUCCACCUCCGGUACAACAGCACGGCACUCCAGAAGCCCACGUCUUGCCACGACAAACCCAUCCUCCGAUACUGGCUUCGCAAAGGCAUCGAUUCCAUCGGAAAUACCUGAUUCGAGUGACGACGAACAAGAAGAUACAAUCGUGAGGGAACUUCGGGCACAACUUUCUAGCUGCAAAGGAUCAUUGGAUCGAGAACAGAGAAAGUCCCUCUGGGCAUUUGCUGCAAUCCUGAAGGCACACGAAUGUGGACCGUGGUUAACGGAAGAGUCACUCGCCCCGGUCUCAAACCGAGUCCGUGAAUGUAUGGACAAGUACUGCCGCCCUUCAGAGGCUCGGGCCGAAAUCAUACUACAGCCGAAGUACGCGCUUGCCUUGGCCGAUGAUUUUGACGACAAGCCAUCUAAGCCUAUACGACCAUUCUCGUCGAUGUACCUCCAGAUGCUUACCGCCGAGUCCAUCACCUGCCAUCACGAUAAAGCAUUCCCCUUAAGCGAAAUCUAUGUCAACGAUAUUCUAUGGCUGACUGCGCGGUUGCCUGAGAUCACCUUCUCCAUGUCCCAUUCCGAUGGCCAAAACCUCUAUGAAUUCAUCGACGAAAUCGUCGGAAAUGUCGUGCUCGUUGGUCUCGGACGUCCGGCCCUUUUCAUGCUUAUCGCCAACCUGAAGCAACGGUGCCCGGAAAUCACGCGCUUUGUAUCCGGAAUCUACACGCAAGUUGGCCGUGGUGAUCUCGGGAAGCCAUACACGGACUGGGACAGUUUAACCAGGAUUGCCUUUUUCUGGUUGAUGUCACAUGGUAGCGAUAUGGACCCGUCCUUUGUGCACAUCCCACCUCAACUGCGGCAGGGAGCUCAGCAGUAUGUCCAAGAACUCACGUCGAAGCAGCCCAGAGACUUCCUCUCGCUGUUGAACCUCCCGUGUACCAAGGAAUUCCUUGAAGGCGAAGGGCUCGCUGGGUACCGUUCGCUCGUCCUUUCCAUUAAAAAGUCGAUCAACGAGCAGAUGGUUAUCCUCCGCUGUGCGAGCGGCUCAAGUCCUCGCUUGGCUUCAGAGUUCAUCUGGGUCACUCAUCAAAAGAAAUGUUGGUUCUCUGAAAGAGGACUGGAAUUUCUUUGGCGCUAUGAAGGAGGACCAUGUGCCAAGGGAUAUGCUCGCCCAGUCUCUACGCAUAAUGUGCCGUGGUUUGAAGUCACAACCGAUGAGGAAGACGACUUUCUGACUCCCUACUACGCACAUGAAAUCCGAGAGUCAUACGAAAACUACCUUCUUCUAGAGAAGGCCAGUGCAACCUAA